GACGUCCGCGUGCGCGGGGCGGGCGCUAGGACCCGAGCGGCGCACCUGUUGGCUGGCGCCCCGGGCCCCGCCCGCCACCCCGAGCGCCCGGCCCGGCGAGGGCGAAGGCAGGAGGGACAGUGCGAGCGGGGGGCACCGGGUGGCGGCGGCGGCGGCCCCGGGAUCACCAUGGCCGAGCUGCUCUGGAGCCUGCAGGAUUCCCAGCUCGUCGCCCGCUUCCAGCGCCGCUGCGGGCUCUUCCCCGCGCCGGAUGAAGGCCCCGGCGAGCCCUGUGCUGGCCCCGCGGAGGGCGCGGCGCGGGCGCCCGGGCUCGGGCAUCUCCCCGCGGCCAAAGGCAGGGGCGCCGGGGAGCCGGCCAAUGGGCUGCGGAGAGUCGCGGUCCCGCAGUUGCAGAUAUUGUUCAGAUGAGAAAACUUGGAAAAACUACAAAGAAAAAGUUAAAUCCAUGCCCAUUAUACCACUGCCCAAAGAUAAUCACUCGGCUUAUGUACAGAAGUACAUUGUGAAGAAUUAUUUCUACUAUUACCUAUUCAGAUUUUCAGCUGCUUUGGGACAAGAAGUGUUCUACAUCACAUUCCUUCCAUUCACUCACUGGAAUAUUGAUCCUUAUUUGUCCAGAAGACUGACCAUCAUAUGGGUUACUGAAGACACCAAUUCCCUCAAUAGGCAUCAUUUUGGAUGUGACAUCUAUCCAGUGUUGGUGAUGUAUAUUGGCCAGGUGGCCAAGGAUGUCUUGAAGUGGCCCCGCCCCUUUUCCCCGCCUGUGGUGAAACUGGAGAAGAGAGUGAUUGCUGAAUAUGGGAUGCCGUCCACCCACGCCAUGGCAGCCACCGCCAUCUCCUUCACCCUCCUCAUCUCUACCAUGGACAGGUACCAGUAUCCCUUUGUUUUGGGACUGAUGAUGGCUGUGGUGUUUUCCACGUUGGUGAGUCUCAGCAGACUUUACACGGGGAUGCAUACAGUCCUGGAUGUGCUGGGUGGCAUCUUGAUAACCGCCAUCCUCAUCGUCCUCACCUACCCCGCCUGGACCCUUAUCGAUCGCCUGGACUCGGCCAGCCCCCUCUUCCCUGUGUGUGUCCUGGUGGUGCCAUUCUUCUUGUGCUACAAUUACCCCGUGUCCGAUUACUACAGCCCGACCAGAGCGGACACCACCACCAUUAUGGCUGCCGGGGCUGGGGUGACCAUAGGAUUCUGGAUCAACCAUUUUUUCCAGCUCAUGUCCAAGCCCACGGACCCUCUCCCUGUUAUUCAGAACAUCCCGCCCCUCACCAGGGACCUGUUAGUUUUGGGUCUGACCAAAUUUACGGUGGGAAUUGUGCUGCUCCUCCUGGUUCGUCAACUUGUACAAAAUCUCUCGCUGCAAGUGCUGUACUCCUGGUUCAAGGUGGUCACCAGAAACAAGGAGGCCAGGCGGAGACUGGAGAUCGAAGUGCCUUACAAGUUUGUCACCUACACGUCAGUUGGCAUCUGUGCUACCACCUUCGUGCCAAUGCUACACAGGUUUCUGGGAUUACUGUGAGCCUCAAGUGGUUGGAAAUCAGCUCACUGGACAUGAGAGCAAGACAUCAAAAAGUUGUUGAGUGGGGAAGUUUUGACAACACAUUUUUCUUUAAAAAAAAAAAAAAAAGCCCUAAGUCACAUGUCUGUUUUGCUGGUACCUGAGAGAAAGGUUGCUGCUUUAUGGAAGGAAAAAUGGUCUCACGGUGACCACUAGCCUGUAAGUGUAAUGUUGCAGAUGAAGCCAGGCAAACCCACAGCUGAGUUCUUUAAGGCGCCUCACCCUGUCCAUUACUUGGACUUUGGACCAGUCCUGGGCUGGCAGGAGCUGUGGCCUGGCUUGGGAAUGGCCACAAGCCCCCCUGGGUUCUGGAGAGCCUAAGGAGACGGGCAUGAUCCAGGAGGCUGGACGUCGGGCGUUCCUUUUCAGUUGUGACCUUGCCCAGCACUGAGUCUCAUUUCCAAAACUGCAACGUUGGUCCAAGAGAAAGGGUGGUGCCACGUAAAACUGCAUUCCUUGGACAGGGCGACUUUCUUGUCACGAUGAUCACAUUAGACAGUGCCUGCAUGGGGGGAAAGAGCACUGGGAACCUCGCUGGGAAGCAGGAAAGGCGGGGGCAAAGCUGGCGAGGUCACGGGCAAGAGCCUGCUUUCCUUAUGCAUCCUGGUCUCUGUCGGGUGCAUAUUGAACCGGGAUCCACUCCUCGUUUGUACACUUUGCAGGAUCCCAGGCACCAUUUCUGUCCUCUUCUGACCCAUGAACCCAACUGGCUGCUCCCAUCUCAGCUCAUCUGGGUUCCUCUGAGUGUCCUGCUCUCUCCUGCGUCACAGUGACUUGGGACAAGCCCUCUGCUCUUCUUCAGCUUUCUUGCUUCCUUACAAACUGGGAAGCCAGUGUCGUCUGCCUGUGAAAGUGGAUCAAUAGAAGAACAGAUGAACACAAUCCUUCCUGGGGCCUGACAAAGAGGGACCAGCCCUCCCUCCCUGACACUCGUCCUCCACUUCUUAGUUACUUUUCCUACAUCUGUUUUCUCAUCUGCUGAAUAGAAUCAGCGGCUCCCUUUCCAUCUUCCCACCUCUUACCUCUUGGCAGUUUUAAGGGUAAUUAAUGCAAGAACGACAUCAGCCUCUCUUAGGAAAACAAGCCAACAAAAUACAACACCUUUAAAUCUCGGGAGAGUCCUUAGACUUAGGAAGGUGGUCAUUAUGCAGACAACCCCCUGCAGGGGUUCCUCUUCAGUUCUUAAGAAUGAGGAGGAACAGGUAUCAACAGUGUUCUUAAAAAUCUUUUUCCCCCAGAUCCUCAGGGUUCACGCGACCUGAGUUGAAAAGAGGCGACAAACAUAAACAGGAGGCUGUACAAUUCUCUAUCGCUGUCAUGAUUCAGUCACGUGCAAAUGUUGGUGAGCAUCAUAGCAGCCACAGGUGUGAUGAACAGAAAGUAAGUGGUAAGACUGCAUGCUUAAUUCCCCUCCUUCAACUCCUUGAUACUAAAGAACAUCCUCUUACCAUACUUAGAGAUAAAUGUCACUGUGUGUUGAAAGGUGAAUGUUAAAGGCGAGGCUGGGAAAGGUAAGUAAAACAGAUGAGAGUAUGUUGUCUGCUGAGCAAAAUGGACAUGACCGCAUUUCACAUUCACAUCGUAGCAACGAUAUGCUCUGCCUUUAAGCGUCCCUUGCUGUUUGAAAUGGUGCCAAAGGCCGAUGACGCUCUUAUUUGCAAGGCUGAGGCUAGGACCUAUUUGUACCUUGAAUGCUAUGUAUUUCAUAAUACCUAAUAUGCUGCCUGCUUGAGGCUGGAUGAGACCUCAGCUGCCCUGUGGAGUUCUCUCCUGAGAGAGGAGACUCAGGCUCAGAAAAUUACAAUCCAAGACCCAAAGUGUUAAGGCUGUAGGGAAAAGACAGCUUUGUAGUGUGAAUUGAGAAGAGGGAGAGACAAAUUCCAGCUUUGAGGUCUGUGACUCAAGGGAGGCUUGUGGGAGAAGCAGUGUGUGAGCCAGGCUUAAAGAACAGAUGGGGUUUGCACAGGGGUGUGAUGCACAGUAGGUACGAGAUGGUACUCCAUGGUGAGGGCACAGCUUGCCAGAGACACUUCUCCAAAAACCUCCAGCUCUAACAAGGAGAAGACAGACCACACCCGUGCUGGUGAGUGUGUGUGGGAAUAACAGUGGUGGCAGGAGUGGGAUAAACGGUGAGCAAGGGGCUUUGAUGUUGCAGAACCGAAUCACGAGAACAGGAAGGAAGCAUAAGAAGCUCUUUAGUCCAUUUCCUUGCCUCCACGUGGGACCAUCCAGAGGAGUUGACAUCUACAGAUGGGAAAGCAAAGGAGGAAAAUGUCCCUUGGGAAGAAGGAAGUAAAGACCACAUGUAUGGAUCAACUAGGAUGCAAGAUGCUGAGCUAACGUGAAGGCUGGAGAGGAGGUCAGGCCCAGCUGAUCAUGCUUAUUAUGCUCCAGAACAAGCCCUGUCCAGGGCCUCCCCGUGACAGGUGUGGUGCUGUGUUUCCCCACAGGUUGUCUCACCUACACGAUCUCUCUCCUCCCUACAGCACGGUUUGCUAUUGGGGCACCUUUCUGUCUGGCUUAUUUUGCUUCAUCUGCCGCAGGCUCACCGCCAGGGCUCCGUGUUUAAAUGUUGUGCCCGACUCUCACAGCUAAGAGAUCUCCAGUGAAUCCCGUCCGUCUCUGAGUAGCCUUUCACCCCACAUGUAUCCAGCACCAGUGUGGAUGUCUACACAGCUUUGCCUCCAUUACAACUCGUUUCUUGCUGGCCCUAAGUAGGUACUCAUUUUAGGGGUGGGCGGAAUGUAGGAAACUUCUUUUUCUGCCAGGUUUGGAACCAAGCAGGCACAUUUCCUCAACAUCCUCACUUUUCUGUCUUAAAGAAAGGGCAGAUUUGCUUCGCAUGUCUUACAAGUCCUAUAAUUCAAAUGCCGGAGCAGUUCUCUCAUGCCAGCGCCUCCUAACACCUGGGAGGGGUGGGGGAGGGCUUUUUCAAAAUGUGUUGUAAUGCAGAACAUGUCAUGUUCCUGAUUUCCUUAAACAGGGACAAUCAAGCCCAAACCUAUGGAUGAGGAGUGAAGAACUUGAGUGUAGGCCUUAAGUAUAUUUUUAUUGCACUGCAUGGGUCACAUGAGGGAGAAGAAACAGGGCUUUAGCCAUACAUAAUUCAAUUAAGCCCUCUGCUGGAGGUGUUUGUUCAACCCACAGUCUACAUGUUUACAGUCAUCCUUUCUGUUUACUAGAAAGUUGAAGGUGGGCAGGAAACCUGAAAACAAAGCAGGCGGUAGUGGAAAUGAAAAUCACCCGGAUUGUUGUCAAGUACUUGCCACGCGGCUCCUCUGCCUUUGUCCAAGGAGGCCAAUUGCCCCACGUGGACUCUGGUCAGGGGCCUUAGGGAGCUGCUCACAGAUUGUCCUAGAGAGCUGGAAACAACAGAAGGUUCAUCAACAGAGGAACAGCUGAACAAAUUAUGGACAUCCAUGCAAUAGGAUUUUGUAUCAUUUAAAAGGGCUCCCAGUUUUUACUACAUAGGUGUGUCUUCUCCAGUAAAAGCUUUCUGGCAGGCAGUGCCCACAGACUGCUCUGGCUCCA